UUCAAGCUCUCAUGUUUUUGCUCUUGCUCCUCGAAGCUCUGACACUAACCUCCCUUGUCUCCCCUUACAGAAACCAGAUUCCUACAUUGAUGUUUGAAUCCUGGACUCCAGUGAUCCACCUUCUUGAUCCUAGUGUCUGCGUGGAGAACAUCUACCUGGAUCCCUGUCCUCUCUGCCGCUAAUCUGACAGCCCUCCUGGUAACUGCUAUAAGAAUCCUUACUUCUGCCUCUCCUCCGCUCACCUGCCUGUACACACCACCACUCACCAUCUCCAACCUGGAAGCAAAUAAGGCCAAAACAUCACUUGACCACCAUACAGUAAACUCCUGUCAACCACAGCUGUGGAUGGACUCACCUUCUCCAGGAACUCCAACUAUCUCUGUAUCAUGCCAUCCUAGAACCUGGACUCCAUCCGAGUCAGACGACGACAUCCUCAACACUCCGUUCAUUGCAGAAACCUCUCCUCCUCCAGUCAUCAGACAAGUUUCUCGUCGUAGCCGUUUGCGUUCCCUGAUCAUUGAUCAUCAAUCUCAGCUUCACUCCACAACUCCUUCACCUUGGCCUCAACCUGAAAUCGACUCUCUUCAUUCAUCAAAGUCCAAGACCCAUGGCCGCAUUGCUCUCAGAAGCGAAAUAUCUACAUGUUCACUCAGCCAGCAACGGCAUUCUCCUACGGACGCUGCCGUCGCAUCCAUGCUGCAAGGUUCGUCAGCCGCCUCAACCCAACUCGACAUUAAAAACUGGACCGUGGCUCGCCUUCAGCACGCACUCAAAGAAAAAGGAAUCCCUUUCAGCCAUUGUGACAACAAAUCAAGGCUCUUUCAGCUGUUAACAACUCCCUCGUCACCAGCAGCAGUUUCCAUACCUCCUGGGCGUCCGGCUUCCUCCUCAACAUCUGCUUCCUCAAUGAACGUCUCCGGUGACGUCACUGCCCAGCUGGCUUCCAGACCAGAGUCCAUAUCAACAGCUCCCCCUAGUGCGAACCAGACGUUUAGACUCUUGGAACCAGAGUCGGACACCAACCCAACUCCAAUCCCACCGUUCUCUUCAACGAUCUUCAACUAACUCCACAAUUAGCCAGUAUCUCCAACUCCUGUCAAGCCAUCCUUAACAGCCUCGCUCCCCACACUCUGUCUGCUUACUUUUCAGGAUGGAACAGCCUCACAUCCUUUCACGUUACUCAACUGCUCUAUUCAUCCGUGCCUCUCAGAUAUCUCCAUUCAUAGCCAAAAUACCCUCAGCUUCACUCUCCUUUAAACUCAUAUCCUUGAGGCAUAUUCCUUGCUAGUGAAAUUAAGUUAUGUUAUGUUAACUUAGGUUUGGGAGCAGGGCCACGCCUAAACCACACCUCUAAUUACCCAACUGUCUACUUUUACCAAGCUCACCCAACCUUCACAGUCUGUUACGUUCUUUUGACCCCACCCUCCCUUACCCUAAAACCCUUCUCACCUCAUCCCUUAUCCUUCCCUUCGACCCAUCAUCCUCAUCCCGCUACAUCUGUUAUGAUUUGUGGGUGUUUUUGGGUUUUGUUGGUCUGUUUCACAAUUAAAUUUUGAAUCAUG